AUGUCGACGACAAUGCCUUUGUUACCGCAAGGCGUCCAAGGCGGCAGAGGCCUCCGAGCUAUCCAGAGAGCCACGUCAAAAUGGCUAUUGCACUCCACGGCCGUUGCCACUCGCCCUGCCAUGGUUCCUCGGCAGCAGCAGCACCCCCAUUUGAUCUCGAUCACGUCUGCGCUGACACGACACGGCCUCGUAGGUCACCAUGGCAAGCGGACGCCUUCCAGUCGGGAGUUUGGUCGCAUGCAAACGACCCAUCGCAGCCCUCCAGUCCGCUCCUUCCACCUCUCGUCUGCAGCCGUGCUGGUCUCUGCACCUGUCAAUGCAACCGAGGCCCUCAUCGGCCAGCUGCACAUGGUCACGCAGGCGCCCUGGUUCGUCGUGCUGCCACUCGUCGCCCUGGGCGUCAACCUAGUCUUCCGCCUGCCUUUCAGUGCGCACGCUCGCGGCCUGGCCCAGCGUCGUGCUGGCCUGGCUCCGCUGCUGCAAGCCUGGGCGGCCGAGCACGCCAAGACGGUGCACCAGGAGCGACGACAGGCGGGGGGAAGCUCAGACGCAGCGACGACUGCGACGCCGGAUGGCGAGGCUAUGAAGCGGUACCGCCGCACGGCCCGCCAGGUCUACCGCCGGUUUGGCCUGCAGCAGUGGAAGCUGUACGGCAGCCUGGCUGCGAUGCCGCCGUGGCUGGUGGUCAUCGAGGCGAUCCGGCGCAUGUGUGGCGCCCCGGUCGGCCUGCUGGGGCUGAUCCUGCGGCGCGGAGCAGACGGCGAGGUGGCAGCGGCUACAGAGACCGCGGAGAGCACCGUUGCAGGAGCUGCAGCUGCUGCGCAAACAGAUGCCGUCCUGUCUGCCCUUCCGUCUACCCUGGAACCCUCACUCACCACCGGCGGUUGCCUCUGGUUCCCCGAUCUCACCGUGGCCGACCCCUACCACGUCCUGCCGCUCGCCCUCUCGGCCAUGCUGAUAGCCAACGUGCUGCCGGCCACCGACGCCGGCCGCCGCGCCCUCUUCGGCCUCGGCCCGCAAUCCUCGUCGUCGCCCGUCGGAGGCACCGCACAGGUCACUACCGAGGGCGCCUUUGGCCGUGGCCUCCAACGCACGCUGCUCAUCAUGUCCGCCAGCAUCGGCUUCGUCACCAUGCACUUUCCCGCUGCCAUCCACCUCUACUGGCUCUCGUCGGCCGCCACGUCGUUUGUCAUCACGCGCUCGCUGCGCAAAGCCCGGCCGCUGCCGGAGCGCAACAUCAAGCCGGCCAACAAGAUCGACUUUCCUUGGAUCCGGCCGCCACGGCCGGCUCAGCGAGAAAAGAGUGACAGCGUAUAA